CUUAUACAUCUAAUCGCAGGGUUCAGAUUCGCACGUGCAUCCGGGAAGAUGGAGACACAUCUAUAUGCCAAUGGCAGGACGAAGCUGGUGCGAUGAAAUUGAAUGAAAGUUGUAAAAAUGAAAACGUAUGCCCAGGUUGGUCCGACUGGAUUCCAACUGGGAACUGUGACUGCAAAAAUGAAAUUCAGAUGGUCAGAAGACUAUGCAACAAUCCAGCGCCUAUUCAUCCGGAUGUUCUUUGUAUUAACAAAAAUACCGACGAGAUGGAGAGAGAGCAGGAGAGGCAGGAUCCCUGCAACUGUACAGAGGAAGAAAAAAGGGCAAGAGCAAAAACAACAACAACAACAACAACAUCGACAACGACUACCCCACUGCCUACAACGCCACUUCCGUGCUGUGAAGACCUGUACUCCAGUUACGGUGGUGAUAUUGAUUAUGACGAAUUCUUUAACAGCGACCAACCGCCAACAACAACAAGUAAACCACUGACGACAAAGAAAUUAUCGGCUCUUGAACGCCAAUUAUACGAUGAUUACGAUGAAAUGUUUGCCGCCCCACUCUCUGAAGAUAACUGUAGGCCAUGUGGAAAUACAACGGACAGCGAAGGAAACGCCUCUGACGAUUACGAAAAUUACAAUGGCGAUGGCGGUAUUUUCAGUUAGGGGCUAAUAAAUGACUAGUCAGCUUUCUAGAUUAUGGACACUUCCGAUACUUACGACAGUGCAACUUAGUGCGUCUAUCUGCUGGCUGUGUUUCACUACAGUUUUCCAUCACACUAUGUCUAUUGCUGAUUCUUAAAACGGACAAAGAUAUGAAUGUGAUAUUACAAAAUUAGCCAAAACAUAACUUGAACAUUUAGUACCAAAGGCAUUGUUUGACGUUAAGUUCAUUUAUUGUAGAGUUUAAAUAAAAAUGAAAAAAAAGUAAAUAACUCUG